CUUCUCGCCAGCGCCGCCCCGGCCGUCGUUCCUCGCGCUGAGGGUCAAGCUACCUACUACCACCCCGGCCUUGGCGCCUGUGGCAAGACCCACGGCGAUGGUGACCUGGUCGUCGCCAUGUCUGCUGCCCUCUUCGACGCCCAGAAGCCCUGCGGCAAGAGCAUCAAGGUCAAGGGCGCCGCCGGCGAGGUCACCGUUAAGGUCGUUGACCGCUGCGAGGGCUGCGCCUACAACGACAUCGAUCUCUCGCCCACUGCCUUCCAGCAGGGCAUCGGUGCUCUCAGCAUCGGCCGCACCACCACCACCUGGGACUGG